CAGCGUCAUCACAGCCGCCAACAUCACACAGCGACAGUUAAAGAAAAGCUUCCAUUCUCCACCGCUGCUUCCAGUUCCGGCCGCCGGCAACCAGUUCCGGCCGCUGCUUUCAGUUCCGACCAUCGUUUCCCAUUUCCGGCUUCCAGUUCCGGCUCCCGAGCAGUUUCUCACACAGUCAGUCCUGCAGGGAGAUAACAAUGGCGAACGCCAUAACCGAAACGGUUCAGAGAUUCACCGCAGAAACGCUGAAAGCAGCAAGCAAGCAAUCCGAAGGAUGCUAUGUCGUUCCUCUUCGUCUCCGACGAGCCAUCAAAAAGUAUAUCAGAGACCAAGAAGACCAGCACAUGAAGAGGAAAGUGUCGAGAUUAUCAGAAUCUUUCAAUGCUAUUAAAGACGUUAAUUUGCAGUUAACAGCAUCUACUGCCAGAGAGCUAAUUGAAGAUCCUCUUAAAUAUGUUGGGUCCUCGAAAAGAUGGAAAAUUACGAGCAAUUAUGGUGACAUUGGUUUUAAGUACAGAGAUGACCAAACAAUUGCUUAUGUUGCUUCUCGGAUGCCUGCGGUUUUCUCUGCUUGCCAUAGAGUCCUCACUGAGGUCAAAAGAAGGCUACCUGAGUUUACACCAACUAAAGUGUUGGAUUUUGGGGCUGGUACUGGCUCUGCCUUUUGGGCUUUGCGUGAAGUAUGGCCAAAUUCUGUGAAAGUAGUUAAUUUGAUCGAGCCAUCCCAGUCCAUGCAACGUGCAGGUCAAAGCCUUAUAAAAGAUUUGAAGAAUUUGCCACACAUACAGAGUUACGGUAGCCUUCAGGCACUAAAUCAAACUUUUAGCAAGCCUGAUAGAAAGGACGCUAGAAAGCAUGACCUUGUCAUCGCCUCUUAUGUACUUGGAGAAAUACCAUCAUUCAAGGACCGAAUAACCAUUGUCCGUCAGCUGUGGGAUCUUACACAAGAUGUUUUGAUUUUAAUGGAACCUGGAACGCCACAUGGAUCAGAUAUCAUAUCUCAAGUACGGUCUCACAUUCUAUGGAUGGAGAAAAGAAAAAGCCGCAAAUUAGAAAAGGCAUCUGAUCAAACCUCGAAGGAUUUGAUGACGCAAAAAUGUGGUGCACAUAUAGUAGCGCCAUGUCCUCAUGAUGGAGCCUGUCCAUUGGACAAUAGUGGUAAAUAUUGUCAUUUUGUUCAGAGAUUGCAGAGGACUACAUCACAGCUUGCAUACAAGCAAUCCAAUGGUAUACCACUACGUGGCUUUGAAGAUGAGAAAUUUUCUUAUGUUGUGUUCAGACGAGGCCCUCGACCCAGUGAAACGUGGCCCCUAGAUGGUAUGAAAUUUGAUACGCUUAAAGAGCAACGGGCUAAAAUGACACCAGAGGAUUUUGAGAGUGACUAUGAUGACCAAACUGAUUCAGAACCCGAGGAUAACGUCGAAGAGAAAAAGUUGGUCAAGUAUGAAUCCGAUAUCGACGAACCAUACGCCACGUCAGAAACUGAUUCCGAGGAAGAAACAUCACAAGAGACCACGCGUGCAGAUCUCGGAAGUGGUUGGGGAAGAAUCAUAUUCUCUCCAAUAAAAAGAGGCAAACGUGUCGAAAUGGACGUUUGUCGGGCAACAAAUCAAGACGGAACCGAGGGCCGUUUCGAGAGGGUCAUUGUUACUAAAAGCAAAAACCCGACACUCCAUCAUCAAGCCCGAAGAUCGCUUUGGGGUGAUCUUUGGCCGUUUUGAUAUGUAAAUAAAAUUAGUAAAAAAUAAAAUAAAACUUAACAUGAAAAGCCUAGUUCACCAUUGAUUAUUGACCGUUGACCGCAUGUGACUUACCGCAGUUGUAUCUUUCCCAAAAGUAUGUUAAUUUACAAGCUGUGAAGCCAGAGGUCCAGAAUGAGUCCUUUAAUGUAUUAAAUAGUACAUGAACUUCUGAUAAUGGGACUAAAAAGGAUUUUUGACCCUUUUUAUUUAACGGUGCAUAGUCAUUGUGACCUAUGGGGGUCAGUUUUGAGGGUCAGUAUUCAAUGAUGUGAUGAAUGCAGCAGUAAUAAUUGAUAGUGGACUGUUUAUAUAGGUACUCUUUGUUUACUUUUUAGCAAAACAAGAUUCUUACACA